AUGCAGUUCAAUCAGACCAACGUCUUCUGUUUUCUGAUCAUCUUCUUUUUCUCGACUUCCCUGGUCAACGGCGCCAUUUUCGACCCAUUCCCGGCCUAUUCCUACGCCCUGGGAUCCUACCAACAAGCCAACGGAUAUCCUUACUCGGCCGUCAAAAGUGCCGACGGUUUCUACGCUUCUUGCGGUGGCACGGCCGCCGUCUGGGGAUGCUGA